GAUAAACUAGGAGAAAAAAGGGAAAAGUUUGCUGACAUCAGAGAGGUGAAAAGCAGACACCCAGGGUUUAAUGGUGAGGGAUGAAUGAGCAGGGCAUGAAUGACAAUAAGAGAGAGAGAGAGAGAGAGAGAGAGAGAGAGAGAGAGAAUGAGGAGGGCUGUCCCCACUGAGUUUGUAACUUUGUCUAUCCUAGUCACAGACUGAGUAGACCCAAGCUCAACCUUAAGAGAGAUCACAGGUCUAUAACACUCCACUAGAAAGGAAAAGAAGCAAGAAAGCCUGUCUGUGUGUGUUAGGCAGGUGUUCAAAAGAUGACCAGAAGGUCUUCAUCUGCUCACAAUGAUGAGAAAGUGGCAGCAAAUGGACACAAAGCUUCACAAAAUGGGACUGAUCCAGUUACAAAACUGCAAGAUGAGGACAACAGAAAAGUGGAACUGGGGAAGAAGGUGACCCUGCUCCGAGGGAUCUCCAUCAUCAUCGGGACCAUCAUCGGGGCCGGGAUCUUCAUCUCGCCAAAGGGAAUCCUGAGGCACUCGGGCAGUAUUGGAAUGUCCCUGAUAGUAUGGAUCGCCUGUGGUGUGCUGUCACUCUUUGGAGCGCUGUCCUACGCUGAGCUGGGGACUAGUAUAAAGAAGUCUGGUGGACAUUACACAUAUAUAAUGGAAGCGUUUGGACCUCAGAUGGCCUUCGUGAGACUAUGGGCAGAUCUCAUUGCUAUAAGGCCUGCAGCAAUGGCAGUCCUUUCUCUGGCCUUUGGUCAGUACAUCCUGGAGCCUUUGUUCAUGCCAUGCGAUAUCCCUCCGAUUGCUGUCAAACUGGCCACUGCCAUCGGGAUAACUUCUGUUAUGUAUCUGAAUAGUGUCAGUGUGACGUGGACAGCCAGGAUUCAAAUACUCCUCACCUUCAGCAAGCUGCUGGCCAUCGCCAUCAUUAUUGUGCCUGGAAUGUACCAGCUCUUUAAAGGAGAGACCAGAAACUUUGAGAAUGCCUUUGAGCUGAGCAACGUGAAGCUGUCUGGUAUGCCGCUGGCCUUCUACUCUGGGAUGUAUGCAUACGCUGGGUGGUUCUACCUGAAUUUCGUGACAGAGGAGAUAGACAACCCUGAGAAGACUGUGCCAUUAGCGAUCUGUAUCUCCAUGGUAAUUGUGACUUCCUGCUAUGUGCUGACCAAUGUGGCAUACUACACUGUGAUGUCGGCUGAGGAGCUCCUGGCAUCAGAAGCUGUUGCUGUGACAUUUGCAGAGAAACUUCUAGGGAACUUCUCGAUUGCAGUGCCCGUGUUUGUCGCCUUGUCCUGCUACGGCUCCAUGAAUGGCAGCCUCUUUGCCUUGUCGAGAAUGUUUUUCGUAGCUUCACGUGAAGGACAGCUCCCUGAGGUUUUGUCUAUGAUCCACGUCCGCAGACACACUCCACUGCCUGCUGUCCUCAUACUGUACCCUAUGACCAUGCUGCAGCUGUUUGUUGGGGACAUCUACAGCCUGUUGAAUUUCAUGAGCUUCAUGCGGUGGCUGUUCAUCGGUGUGGUGGUGCUGGGUUUAAUUUACCUGCGAUAUAAAAAGCCUGACCUCCCCCGACCCUUUAAGGUCCCAAUAUUCAUCCCAGUGGUGUUCUGCCUCACAUGUUUCUUCAUGGUCUUCCUGUCUCUGUACUCUGACCCCAUCAACACAGGAAUUGGAUUUGCUAUUUCUCUCACUGGCAUCCCAGCAUAUUACAUCUUUAUUCACUUCAACCACAGACCAAAGUGGCUUCAACAGGUUCUAGAUUCCUUCAACAGAACCUUGCAGAUCAUCCUGGAAGUCGUCCCUGCUGACUAACAGCAGCACACAAACACAACAGCACGUCUUUGUUGCCUUCAAAUCAAAACCAUACUACGCACUGAGAUGAACUGUGACUCAGAAAGCAGACUGAUGUUUUGUCCUCAGAUAAACACAUUUCAUCUCAGUUCAGUUUUACAUGUCUGUGUGCUGAAUGUGAGCUUGUAUAAAGUGUUUCAUUAAAAAUUAGAGUUUUGUUAAAAAUAGUGAAAA